AUUCUGACCGCUUGCACGAAAGCGUCAAGCUCCGCGUGUGCAGCUUCUUUCCGUGGCCGCCUUGGCCCAAGUCCUUUCAGGCGAGAGACCGCUCGAGACGUCCCCGGCUCUGCCCUGCACGACCUGCUGCCACGCUCCACAGCGGGCCAUGCCGCGCGCCUCCGUCUUGAUCUUCGCUUCCCUCGGCGCCGCCUCGGCCGCGGAUGUGGCGCCAGCCUGCGCGCGGGACUCAGCGCUGCUCCAGGCCAGGGCAACCGUGACCAACAGCCCGCACGAGGGCCACGUCAGGGUCGAGCGACAGAUGGUGGGCUGCUUUCCCCGUGCCGCCGGCGACAUGGACGACCAGCAGAGCUUCCAGGACACGACGUGCGUGAGCGCGGCGAGGCGCAACAGCUCGCUGCAGCCCUGCCGCAGCGGGAUGCCUUUCUUCCGGCUCCCCAUGCAGAAGCAGCAGUCUUCUUCGGAUUGCUUCAUGUUCUGUCUCUCCAAGGGCCUCGACCUCUCGGGCCUGGUGCACAGCGAGCGCGCGGGGCUCUCCGAGUGCCGGUGUGGCGCCACGAGGGCCAACAGGGCGGCCUGGUACGAGUUGACGCCGCCUCCUGGGCUGCUCUUGCCGAACGGCUCCGUCGAUCCAGACGACAACGAGCACUGCAAGAUGCUGGUGUGGCAGUACACGGGGCCUCUGGAGGACGGGGCAGUACCGACGGUGCUCACAGAGCUGAGCACGGGCGACGAGGCGUACAUCGACGGGAUUGCAGUGGGCGUGGACCCUCAUGAGAUCACGGAGGAGGACGGGGCCGGCGAAGGGACCCCGACGGUGCACCCAGACACGUUGGCCAAUUUGUCGCUCCUCGGCGUCAAAGGGUUGUGUGAGGAUCACACCCAGACGGGCGUCGGGAACAACAUGCCUUGCUCCCAGGCCAAGACCUGGUGCAACGCCGCAGGCGAUCUUGGCUUGGCCGUGCGCGGCGCCUGCCCCUUCAGCUGCGGCCUCUGCACCCAAGCCUACGGCUGGAUGCCGUGUUACCCCCACCCUUGCAGCCCCGGGGGCGGGCCUUGGACGACCAAGGUCGGCAACGUGGUCAACAUCAACUACUACUUCGACAACCUCGACGCGGACAGACAAGCGGCGUUCAACAAGGCCAAGGACGAGUGGGAGUCCAAGACGUGCGUGAGGUUCACAUACAGCUCCGCCACACCGCGCAUGAGGAUCACGGUCACCAACCAGGCAACGUGCUCCGCCUUCGUGGGGUUCCCUGGCUCGGACGGGACUCUUGACGUGAACCUCGGUUGGUGCAACAGUUUGACUCAUUGGGGCAAUAUUGCCCACGAGCUCGGCCACGCUCUGGGCAUGAACCACGAGCAGAACCGGCCCGACGGCCCAGGCCAGACCAACACCCCGGCGGGGUGGAAGGGCCCUCACCUGCGAGUCAAGUGGCAAAAUAUCGAUACGGUUUGGAGGCCCCAGUGGGAGGGCCAGAAGCGCAGCUACUAUGGCUCCCAGACCGCUGGCUACUCGGCGUACGACUACGGAUCGAUUAUGCACUACGGCCUGGGGGACAACGCCGACGCCACCAAUUCUGCCUGGCAGAGCGUGCCAGGGCAACGAGAUGGGCUCUCCGCUGGCGACAUCGCCCAGUUCCAGGACAUGUACCAGUGCGGCGAUUCGGCGCCGCAGCCCACGCCUGCGCCAGCGCCGACCCCUCCCCCGCCGACCCCCGGGCCUGCGCCUGCUGGGUGCGUGGACAGCACCGAGAACCCCUGGGGCCAGUCCUGCGCCGCGUGGCUGGCGCAGGGCGCGUGCGCUGAGUCGGAUGGCAUCCGGCAGCACUGCAAGGGUGAGCUGCCAGCAGUGCAAUCAAGCGCCGACCCCCGCUCCGGCGGGCGGUGCUGGCUGCACCGACAAGCAGGGGCAGUUGUCGUAUGGGUUUACUUGCCCCCAGUGGGCGUUAGCGAGCCACUGCGCUGGGUCGCAGACGAUUCAGGCGGAUUGUCCUGGGAGCUGCGCAGAGGUCGAAAAGGUCACCUACGGGUACACGUGCGCGGAGUGGCAUGGGUGGGGGCAUUGCGACAGCUCGGAGACGCUGAAGGCCGAGUGCCCCCACAUCUGCGGGCAGUGCCGGUAGAUCCAGCCGAGGGGAUGACGAGUUUGACUGAGCCGUCAGCAGUGCACGCCCCGCCCUCUGGCCCCCGCGCCCAGCGCCGGCGGCUGCACCGACAUGCAGGGGCUGCAGACCUGCGACUGAGCGAACAUUCCUAUUCCGCGCGCUGCGAAGGUUUGUCGAGGCUCAGCAGGGGACUCCACCCGAAGGCUGGCGGGAUCGAGCCUCAGGAGGCGACUCUGCACAAACGCUGCCCGUCGCUUCUUGCAAGCCCGAAUUCGUGAUUCGGCUGAGGCACAGAGACCUCAGGCCUAAUUAGUCUUAGGUCGGGCCUAUCUCUCUACAGGAGGAAUAUUCGCGAAUAGUUGAACAAUAGUCUGGGGACGUGAUUCGGCUGAGGCACAAAGACCUCAGGCCCAGUCUUCCUGCCAGGGUCGCAAUCGUAUCCUUUGCGGUCUCUGAGCUCCGUAUGCGGUAUCCCAA